AUGUUGAGAGGAGUUGUUUUGGCUUCCAGAGCGGCACUCCGCCCUGUUUCGAGACAAAAUUCCUAUUCUUUUGCUCGCUUCUAUUCAGCUGCCCACACCGUGCCUUUCACUGCUGAUACCUACAGUCUGAAGGUCCAGAGAGACUCCAAGUACAAGAAAUUGGAGGAAAGCGAUAUCGAAUACUUCCGUUCCGUCUUGAAGGAUGACAACUACCUCAUCACCGAUAAGCUGGACCUCGACUUCUACAAUGAGGACUGGAUGCGCAAGUACAAGGGCCAAUCCCAGCUCGUUUUGAAGCCCAAAACUACUGAGCAGGUCUCUCAAAUCUUGAAGUACUGUAACGAUAACUUGCUUGCCGUGGUUCCACAGGGUGGUAACACCGGUUUGGUUGGUGGUUCGAACCCCGUCUUCGACGAGAUCAUCAUCUCCGUGGCCAACUUGAACAACAUCAGAUCCUUGGAUACCACCAGUGGUAUUUUCAAGUGUGAUGCCGGUGUUAUUUUGGAGAACGCCGACAACUACUUGGCUGAAAAUGGCUACAUUUUCCCACUUGAUUUGGGUGCCAAGGGUUCGUGUCAUGUUGGUGGUGUUUGUGCUACUAAUGCUGGAGGCUUGAGAUUGUUGAGAUACGGUUCAUUGCACGGAUCUGUCUUGGGCUUGGAGGUCGUGCUUCCAGAUGGAACAAUUUACAAUUCCAUGAACGCAUUGAGAAAGGACAACACUGGUUUUGAUUUGAAGCAGUUGUUUAUUGGCUCUGAGGGUACUUUGGGUAUCAUCACUGGAGUUUCUAUCUUGUGUCCUUCUAGACCUACUGCUACCAACGUUGCCUUCUUGGCCGUUUCUUCUUACGAGGCUGUGCAGAAGGUUUUCGUCGGUGCUCGCAAGGAGUUGUCUGAAAUUCUUUCUGCUUUUGAGUUCAUGGAUGGAAAGUCCCAGAUUUUGACGGCUCGUCAUUUGAAGACCGACCACCCAAUCGAGAGUGGCCAAUACCCCUUCUAUGUGUUGAUUGAGACCAGUGGUUCUAACAGAGAUCAUGACAUGGAAAAGAUCGAAACGUUUUUGGGUAAUGCAAUGGAAGAAGGCUUGGUGGAUGACGGUAUCAUCGCUCAGGACGAGACCCAAUUGCGUAAUUUGUGGACUUGGAGAGAGGGCAUUCCAGAGGCUUCCACUGCUGCAGGUGGUGUCUAUAAGUACGAUGUGUCCAUUCCAUUAGAUGACUUGUACAAGUUGGUUGAGGAUGCAAGUGAAAGAUUGAAUGCCGCAGGUGUGGUGGACUUCGAUUCCGAUUCCAAGCCAGUGGUUGAGGCAAUUGGCUAUGGUCACAUUGGAGACGGAAACUUGCACUUGAAUGUCUGUGUGCGUGAGUACAACAAGGACAUCGAAAGCAUUUUGGAACCAUUUGUCUACGAAUGGAUCCAGGAGAAGAAGGGAUCCAUUUCCGCCGAGCACGGCUUGGGUUUCCAAAAGAGAAAUUACAUCAGCUAUUCUAAGAGUGAUGUUGAGAUCGCCAUGAUCAAGGAUCUCAAGAACCACUACGACCCCAACGGCAUCAUGAACCCAUACAAAUAUAUUUAA